UGAACUUGAACAGCAGGAGCUCAGAUGUUUAGACCUGUUUCUUUAACUUGAAAUAUAACGGCAUCCAUCGACAUCUACAGGGUUAGUAUUGGUGCUUAGUGAGACCAGCCUACCAUAAAGCGUUAAUCUAUAAUUAAGUCUACUUAUAUACAGUAAAAUCUCUUCGAUUCGAAGCAAGGUGUAAAGAAACGGUGAAUAUGUUACAUCAAGAUGAAUGAGAAAGAAAUAAGCUAUCUUCGUGGCUUUCAUUCAUCAUAUGAACGCAGUUUUAAUUUGCGUGUAAUUGCAGACGAUAAGGAGAUUGAAUCAGCCUACAAACAGGCAAAACUAAGAGGAAGACUUCCUUUUAACAGGUCUAAAAUCCUAAUUUUAGGAGACCACGCUGUAGGAAAAACAUCAACAUGCAGACGCUUGCAAGGAAAGGAUUUUCGACAUGACGAGCCCAGCACAGUAGGAAUCGAAACAAAAUUAGUCAAAGCUAAAGUGUCAGAUGUUAACAGUAAAUGGUUUGAAGUAUCAACAACCCCAUUAGAGGACUAUGAAAGUUCAGCAUCAUGGUGGGCAGUGUCACACGUGCGCAAACGUGACACGAAGAAAGCCACGCAGGUUUGUAGCACGCCGGAAGUAAAUUCAAGUGUCUCAUUAGAAAAACCUAUUGAAGAUAUAAUUUAUCAGAUAACUCUAAUGAUUCCCAUCAUAAUUACGUUUCUAAUUGGCGGGUUUACUUUUGGAUUUGGUUUGGUUGUAUGGAUGUAUAUUCUUUGUUUGAUGUAUAUAUUUGAUACCCACACUGCGUACCGCUUCGGUUCCGCAAUCACUAUCGGAUUGGUACUUGUAGACAGCACAUUAAGUAUCGAUAAAGUUUACACGGAAAUACAAUACAUUGAUUUAGAUACAUGGAUCAAGCUGUCCGCUGCCAUUAUACUUUUUAUGUAUGGAUUAGCAGGAUUAAUUACUGGCGUGCUUUUAGGCACAGGUGGUAGGACUGGAGUAUGCAUAGGAUUCUGUAUAAUGGUUCAUCCUAAACAAAAAACAUUUACCCUUGAUAAUGUUGCAGAAAUGAUAUUGGGCAACUACAGGAAAGCGUAUUAUAAUUUUAUAAUUUGCUUUGUAUCAGUUAUUAAUAUUUUGAUAUUUCGGUUUCUUCAAGCUAAGAUAUUAUAUGUAAUAAGAAAGAACAGCAUACCUGCAAAACUAAGCGUUAUAAUUUUUAUCAUAGUUGCGGUUUGUGUCGGAAGACCACAUUCCUUUGGCAUAUUCACAAUUAUUUGUAUAGCUGUGAUUAAUAUUUUUAUAUUAAUUGGAGCAAUUUUGGGAAGGAAAUCUGUUGCUUUUGGGUAUAUCCCUCAAAACUAUAUUAUCAAGAAAUCUACAGGAUUUAUAGCAGGAAUUUUUAUUGCAGUUGCUUGCGGGUGGGAAUUGGUAGAAUUUAAAACUUUAAACAUAAACAGUACCCAAUCUUACUUUAUUCUCCGGUAUUUGUUUUGCUUGUUGCACUUCCUCAUUCCAAUAAUAGCAUUUAUUUUAUAUGAAUGGUUUGCAUAUAUGAAAGUGAAAAAUACAACAUCCAUACCUAUAAAUCAUGUCAGACAGUCAAUGAAAGCAUGUAUUCGGAAUGAAUCAUAUUUGGACGCAAGACUCAGUUUAUGGGACUUUGCAGGACAGGAUAUGUACUAUAACACCCAUCACAUAUUCAUGCCAAAACAGGGUGUGUAUCUUGUUGUUUUCAACGCCGUUGAAGCGGUUAUGAACCCAAAGAAGCAAAUUAAGCGGCUACACUUCUGGUUACAAUCUGUUGCUGUGCAUGCAGAUAUUAAAAAUGUCGCUGUCUUUCUUGUAGGAACAAGGCGAGAAAGUGUUGGUGACACAAAUGCUUUGUUAGAUUUUAUCAAACUUGUAAAAGCAAAUCUAUACAAACAAUUUAGUAAGUUACUAGCGUUUCAUCCUUCUGGAAGCCUUUUCUUUGUUAUUGAAAAUUCGUUGCAGGUAGACCAAGAACGCAAUAUGUUGCGAGUAGCUGUUUAUAAUCAGAUUAGAAAAAUGCCAUUUUUUCAGGAGGAAUUUUCAGUGAAAUACCUUUUAUUCAAUGAAACUUUGAACAAAUUCCGCCUAAAAAAGUGCAUUAUCACGAGUUUAGUAGAUAUUUUAGAGGAAGUCAAAUCAACGUGUAAUAUUAUUUCACAGGAUGAGUUGUUUCAAUUAUUAAACUUCUUUGACAGAGCUGGUGAUAUCAUAUACAAAGGUCGUGAUGAGGUGCUUCGACAAUACGUCAUUUGUGACCCUCAAUUGCUGAUAGAUGUUCUCAAGUUUUUAGUGAACGUGCCUGAACCUCACACGAGAAAUCGUACUGUAGCAGACUUAUGGCAGCAAUUGGAAGAAACUGGCAUCGUUGACAGUAGAUUACUUGAGCACAUAUGCAGAGUGCAGAACAUUUGGUCACUUUAUCCGUACAUUAUUCGUUUCUUAGUGGGAACACAUUUACUUUACCCUCUUAAUGUUAUUGAUCCAAUCGACCAAGUUGGUACUUUUUUUCUAUCGUGUCGACUGCCAAAGCUCACACAAAUUUCAAAAUUAUUGAUCAGCAAUGCUCGCUUGCACGACAUCUUUUAUUUUGACUUUGGUGAUAUUCUUCCAGAAUAUAUUUUUCUGCGUCUUAUCGCUAAAUGCUGUGCUGUGUUUACCUGGAAUAAAAUAUACUACAAUGCAGCAAGUUUCAGAACCAGUAAAAUAUGUAUUUUUUUUAUAAGUACAGGGAAAAUUGCUAGAAGGCCCGAUUCUUAUGACAGUAAUCUAAUUAAAGUUGAAGUAAUAAAUCAGGACCAAACUCAGGCUACACUCGUUAUACAGAAAAUGAUUAUGUUUGUUGAAGAGAUUAUCAAUUCAGAUUUUAACCCGGACUAUUUUAAGGAACAUUACAUCUGUGGACCUGUGUGUGAGAAAUGCAGUUCAUUAGAUAGAACGAUGUGUUUGGUGAACCUAAUAACCCCUGAUAAAGAUGUAUCUACGUUAGAUGGCUACAUACCAGACCAGUAUCAUACUGUCUUAAUUUAAAAAAAGGUGUUUGAUUUUGCCUGUAAUAGGCUGUUAAUCAGCCAGCAUCAAUGCAUCUAUGGAAAGCCAGAAGAGCAAACCUAAUUAUGAGCUAUUGAUUUAACCUCCAACAACACUUCAACGAAGCCAGGACACUUUGUGUCAACGUGAAUAUGGCAAUUGCAAAGCGAAAGCUGAGUCUUUGCGAUGAUUUCAAACAGAGGCACAACGAUUGAAAUCCAACUGAAUCUUAAAUCAGCUGGUCACUAUUGCAAACAAACACUGAUCAGGCUCAAAUAGGAGGAAAAUGGGAUUUACAGUUGUGUUUAAUGUCAUCAGGUGUACUGAGGUCGUUUUGUGCUCACGUAUUAUUAUGUACACAACGGGACUUGACGUCCCAUCUGAAGAUUGGGGUAAUAUAUAUUAUAAUUAAGCUCAUUUCAAAGCCUAAGAUCUCAAUGCAUAACCAAUUUCUUCAGUACUGUCGUGAUUCGGAAAAACCAUUAUAUCCAUUUUUUAAAUUUUAUAGAUUUUUGGCUUAGGGGCAUCCUGUGGAUGUAAUCUAUCAUGGGAACUGAUCAUAUACCCCAAGAAAUGUUUAGAAAAAUGAAAUUAAUAUGAGAGUUACGCAUUAUAUCCAUCCACAUAAGCAAAAAAAAUCUGGAAGAGUGCAUUAUAUCCACCAAGCAUUGAAAAGCAAGCAAUCAACCAAUCACAGAAGACAAUGGUGCAUAUUUAAUUAAUUUCCUAGCUGAUGGAAAGACAUAAUACCAAGUUUGUUUUUAAUCAGAGUACAAUUGAAAAAUUGAAAAAAGAAUGCAUUGUUCUUUCAGUUUCAAGAAUAAGUUGCAAUAUGACAAUGACCAAUUUGUGGUCAGAAUAUAAAUUUUUGUCUGUAAUAUUAUUAAAACUAACAACAUUCAACAAACAACAUAAAACACAUACAUGUCAAACCUAAAUAGGCUUUACUUAAGACUUUCAAAGUCAGUGUUGUGAUCAUUUUAGUUUUUUGGAUGGAAUAUAUACUUUGAAGUAUGCUGAAUCCAA